AACAGCCUGAGAUUAAUGCAAUUCAUUCUGUUCCCAUGGAUCAAGGGAUUUGUCAUAAUGACGGAGCUGACUUCAAACAAAACCUUGAGCAAACUGUCAUAUUAGAACUUACCCCCACCUUGAUACCAACUGUGGAGCUUGAACAGUCCCAAAAUAUGCAACCAAACGAAAUCCCAUCCACCUUAUUUGUACCAACUACUGAACUGAAAAAGACUCCUGAUCACACUAUAGUACACGAGCAGGAGCCCAGCCUGUCAGACCCACCAUUUAUGCCUACAGUUGAGCUGGAAAUGACACCUUUACAAACAGAACAACACGAGCUUCCUACUUGCCCUUUUGUUCAAUCGGACACACCUAGACAAACUCCAAAUGAAUCUGAAACUAAUCUCAAAGACGAAGCAGAUUCCCAGAUGCAAAUAGUAAGUCUAGAUCAGGCCCACUCAUUGACAAACAGUGCCACGCCACAAGAGUCAACAGAAAAGACUGCACAAGAACCAUCUGAGGAAUUGCUGGUAGAGAGAAGGAACAGUCAGGAACAGGUGGAGAACCUGUCUGAAGUAAAGAUCCCAUUUCCUAAAGAGAUGGUCUCAUCACAAUUAGAGACCAAGGAGGUGCCACAGAUCUCAGAGUUACCAGUAAAUGUAAUGUCAGCUCAAGAACUGGUGAAAGUACGGAAAAGAAAGCCAGCAAGGGCAUUUAUCUUUCAAGGGUAUAUGCAAGAACUCAUAGGCUCCAUACAAAAUGAGGAUUUACAAAUUGGUGCCAAACCUGCCAAACGCCAAAGAACAAAAAGAUCUCAUCUUGUUGUUAAGUUUGGCCCGCAAAGUAAAGAGAGAAAAAAUAAAAAACAGAAGAAGCAAUCACAGCAACGCCAGUCAAUCCAGGAAGAAGUGACCAGAGGUACAACAACAAAUCUCUCCGAUAAAAAGGUGUCCUCUCAGAAAAAAGGAAGAAAAGGGAAAAAAGACAAGAAAGCAGGGCAUUCAGUAUCGACAACUGAAAUAAAAUCACCUUCAUUAACCCAGGACCCACGUGUGCCCCAAAUCAAAGAGGAUACAAGAAAAAAUAAAAUGAAAAAGCAAGAAGAUGUGGAUGUGGCUGGGGAUGAUGUUCAGCCCGUAAGUGAGAACAAGGGUGUGGACUCACCUGUAUUUAAAAAGAAAAAACAAUCAAAAAUAAUGCAAAAAGGUCGGUCCAAAAAUGCAAACAAUGGGAAGAUGACAAGGAAAGAGCGAAAGAAGGACGCAAAAAUUGGUACAAAAACUAGCACUGCCUCAGCAGACACACCUGGCCCACAUAUAACACAAGAUUCACUCCUUCUGCUGAAAGGUCAUAAACAGCCUCAGCUGAAAGUUCACAAGUUAGACCCUUUAAAGGCACCAGGGCAGGCUCAAGAAGCUUCACCUCAUGAUUCCCCAAUAUCUCCACAUACAACAAAUGAGUCUGCAGAUAAUCUCACAACUGAAGGUAAGAAAAAAGGAGGGAGACCCAAAAAGAACCAGAAAGCUCUUUCAUUACUCUCCUCUCUACAGGCGCCCCAACAACCUCCUGAAACUCUGCCCAUCGAGCCAAAGACCACCCGGAAACGUAAAGCCUCCUCGAAAGUGGAAACAGAAGGAGUGAUAACCUCCUCUCACUCCAAGCGUGCCUUAGAGUGUAAGAACUGUGGGGAAAGAUUUAGUGAAGUUUCGUCUCUUCAGAAGCAUAAGGUAACAGUGCAUAUUGUAGAGAGUCCUGGUCUCACUUACACCAAUGGUAACAUCUUUGAAGGGGUCUCUAGGUUAGAUCUUAAUCAGCUUCCAAAGAAGCAUGGUGGGGUCAUUGGGGUAAUGACUGCUGCUACAGGCUGGGAUACUGAGCCUGAGAUGGGGGAGAUGGCAUUAGAAGACAGAGACCGAAGUGUCUCUUUUCCUGCUUUGAUUCCAUCUCCAUCUUUACCUGUUCCACCUACCGAUCUGGAAAUUAUUGGAUAUGAAAACAAGGGUGGAGUUAAGACUGGAACAGAUAGUCAGUCGCAUACCUUAUCUAACAUUCCCUCAAUCUCUGAUCAAAUUAAAAAUACCUCAUCUGAAUCCCAUUUAAAUACCUCUUCCCAGACGAAGAAUCUUGAGGCAGGAGAGCCUUUGGUGUUAGAUGCGGACAAGCAAGAAGAAGGUACCCUGAAGAAUCCCAGUUCAGAAUCUGAAGUCCAGGCUACAACGGAUGAAGACAUCAAGGAGGAUUUACUUCUUGAGGUAGAUUUAGUCACUGUUGGCGAGCAUAAUGAAAGAGACGAUAUAGGCUCACCUCAAGAGAACGUUUCCCAAAAUGGAUUAAAUGGAACCUGUAAUGUAAGCACUGGAACACUCCUGAACACACCUCCUGAUCAAGUUGAUAAUGAACCAACUGAAAAAAGUCGGUCUUCGCAUACUGUGUCAUGUGCCACGCAACAAGUAGAGAUCAAGGAAGAGGAGGAAGAGGUGCUUGUACAGAAGAAAAAAGGAGGCAAAGGAGCUGCAACAAGGAACGCUACAAGGGGUAGGAUGCGAGGAACGGGACAUCCAAAGAGGGGUGUGAUCUCAAGGAAAGUUUUAGCUACAGAUGCCAUCAGAGGAACAGAAUCAGAGAAAGAACAGGAUGAUUGUCAUGUAGUUUUUGAAAAACAUGCUGUUGCCUCUGAUUCAGAAACAAAUGCAGAAGGUGAGACCAGUAUACAGACUUUGCAGCCAGAGAUCAGUCCUGAAUUUGAUGCUAAUGAAGGUACUUUUCCCAUCACAUCUUUGCCGGCCAUGCCUUCUACGUUAGAAAGAUCUCCUGAAGAGCAAGUUGUGUUUGAGUUGGAGUCUGUUACCACAAAUGUUGAGGAGGUAAUGAAUGAAAGAGGACUGCAAAGAGGAGAGGAGGAGCAUAAUGGGUUUGCUGACCAAUCUCCAGUCAUCAUACUUGAGAAGUUCCUUACCUCUAGCCAAAGAGCGAUGGCUGACAAUGGGCAGUGCUUGAUGACCGCAAGGAACAAUCAAAGACAGGGUUUGGACCGCAUUGGAGAGAAUGAAGUACAAGGCCUUGGGAGCCAGGAGAUCAAAGUUGAAGAGAACAUCUCAGAUCCACCUCCAGUUGCACCAACUUGUCAAGAUAAACAAAGUGCAACUGUGCAGCCACAGCCCCAUCGUGAUAUAAGGACUGUUCUGGUGAAGGAAGAGAAUAGCCUCAUACUGAAUGAUGCUCAGGACACACAGGGCUGCAGACACAUCCGAUGGAACGUGGAGCAAAUAAACAUUGAAAACCCAGCCAGUCCAUUAAUGGAGAUUGGAGAGACAUGUUGUGUUACCCCUGACUUCAAUGCCAACCAGUGUAUCUUCUAUCCAGUGAAGGAAGAAGAAAGAGAGGUUCUGCUGGGAGCUACUCAAACUAACAAUGGAAGUUUAACCACUGAGGCAUCCACUGAUGCCCAACAGACAGAAGAUCAAACAGCAGAUUGUAUUUUACAUGAAGGGAAUCAUGUCACACGAGAAGACCAGGAUACAAGAGUGAGAAGACAAAUGACAGAACCAGGUGAUAACUUUGCAGGUGGGGAAGACGCUGAAUGGCAGCAUCCACCAGACCUGCAGAGCUUUCUUCUCCAGAGUUCUGAUGAGGAGGACACUGGAAGUUUUGAAUUGUCUAAUCCUCACAUCUACUCAGAAGCAGAAGCAAUGGCCUAUUUCUACAAGAACCAAAAAAACAGCUCACAACAGCCAGAUGAAACUUCACAAACGUUACCAACUUCAUCCAGCCAGCUCCACACUUCAGGACAGGAGAGCAGGAUCAGAGAGCCCAUUGAUUACUUUUCCAAGUAUUUUGAUUGGGAUACCUGGGUAGAAAUUGCCCACUGCACAGACAAAAUGUCCAGCAUGCCUAUCCCUGUCACAGCCAGAGAGGUGGCGCAGUUUGUUGGGAUCCACAUUGCAAUGGGAACUUUAAAGUUUCCCUGUCCCAAGCUCUACUGGGAGGAAUUGACUAAAGUGCCCUUGAUUGCUGAAGCCAUGCCACUUUCCCGGUUCCUUGAGCUGUCAGGCGUGUUGAAGCUAGCUUCUCCUGCAAAGACAUCAGCCAACAGUAAUGUUGGAGAAGAAAUGAAUGAUAAUGACUUUCAAGAUGCACAUCAAGGUAAAACUUUCACAAGCAGGCAAAGUGAUGGUGACCGGCAUUGCCAGGGGAAUACACUGAAUGUCCUGAACAGUUCAAAAAAACAGAAGGAUCCCUUGUGGAAGGUUCAGCCAUUGUUGGGCCGCUUCUUAGAGGGGUGCCAGUCUUUAAGACGAGAGGGUGAUUCUGCAGUUGAUCAGUAUCCACUUCAUUUGACUGGCAAGAUGUACAAUAACAAGCUGUCUCUCUACUGCACUACAUUAAUUGGAUUUGGGGGUUUACUCUUACAUGUGGAUCUUAAACUGGAUCUGUCAGACAAAGAAAAUGCUGUAGAAAAAAUGGUCCCAAAAGGUAGUAUGGUGUUCCUGUGCAAGCAGGAACUUUCCACCCCUGCAAUGCUCGAACGCCUGUUAGUCGCUGGAAUCCAUGGUGCAGGCAGGGUGGGAGGAGAAAGAGGACAGAUUGGGGAUGAGUUUGUAAGCUCAAAUGGGAAGCUAAUGUUACGCAGAUCACACUGUGGGUUCAUACUUUCUACUGCUGGACAUGGUCAGAGAAACAUUGCCUCUCUGAUUGACAACUUUGAGAAGGCCCAGAUGUCGGCUCGUCUCAACAGAGAUUUGCAAAACCUUUACUCUAUCCCUCUCACUGCCUCCACUCCAACUUGCUGGCCUCAAGCAGUGCUCUGGUACCUCACAGAUCUGGCUUUGGUCAACUCCUGGCUCCUGUACAGACAGGAUCACAGGGCAGCAUCUGCACCUUUGACACUCAUGGCCUUCAGAUUGGAGGUGUCAAAAGCUUUGAUCCUCUCCAGCGGCUCAGACACCCAGGACUCACUUCCACCUCAACCCCCUACAGAGAAUGCUCAUACAACAAGUGAAACCCCCAAUCCCAGUCUGUCAGAGGAAAGUCCUCUCCCAGAUGCAGCCACACGGUACGAUGGUUUGGGCCACUGGCCAGAACAGCUCGGGGAGGGAGAAGGGGGCAGGUGCCGCUUUGGGGACUGUCAGAGAACAUCUCGAGUGCUAUGCCUUAAAUGUUGUGUCUUUCUUUGCAUCUCACGCAACCACAACUGCUUUUUAAAUUUUCAUAAUCAAGGCAGUUCGGGAAAAGAGUAGCAUUCACACCAGAUUUCCCGUUUUUUGUUAACAUCUUGCUUUCUGAUCCAGAAUGUAACUGUGUUUUUGGUGAUGAAUCUAAAUGUAAAUCCAGCUUAUCAAAAAGUAGUAUGAUUUCCUCUGUCCUUACAACUUUUCCAUGAUGCCUUUCACUGGCAGUGUCUCACUUUUGUAGGAUAAUUGUGCUGCAAUAUCUAAAAAUGAAAUGCUUUGUGAUGUGGCUUGUGAUGUCAUUGAGCAAGUGUAAAAAUGAAUUUGCCUUCAGAAAGAUAUGUGAAAAGAGUCAUAGCCAUACACUUUGUGCUGCAAAGAAAGAGAAAAUUAUUAUUUUGACAUUGCGGACACCAUGAUGUUUUUUACUAUUUAUUUUAGCCUGACCUAAUUUACAUUCCAUGAAGAGCUUGUUUUGGCUCUAUGGAUUUUAACAUUAUUUAUUUGAAUUUCAGAAAACAAUAAAAGACAGAUUUUAAAAAUGUA